GUCUGAGGGCAGGCGGGAGAAAAAAGGGAGGGAGGCUGGCUCUGGGGAGGGGAGAGGACAGAGGAGGAGGCGGCGGCAGCACCAGCACCCGCGAUUGCUGCCAAUCCUCGCCCCCCCCCCCCUUUCCCAAUCUUCUUUCCUCAGCGCAGACAGGCAUUGCCCUGCUGGAUAGCUACCGCCUCCCCCCACCUCCCUCACCCUCCGGCUCCAGGAGAAGGAAGCGAGAGAAGAAAUCCUCCUUGGGGGUGGGUGGGGUAAGAGAGGGGGUGCUUUUUCCCUCAGGGAGGUGACGACCGAACCCUCCCCCCUCCAACCUUCUUCGCUCGGUUCCCUCUUCCCCCCCGUGGCUGGGGAAGCGGGAAGACCCGGUCGCCUUCCGCGUCUCCUCUUCAGCCCCCCCUCCUUCCCUCCCUCCAUCCUCGCCUUUUCUGCUUGCAGGAGGAAUGUGGGGGGGGCCUGAGUUGAGAGUGGGGCGCUGGGGGCAACGGCUGCGGGAGACCCCCAUUUCUUUCGGCCUGCUGCUGCGUGGAGGCACAAGAACUAAAUUGAAUUGAGCGGAGGGCUUGAACUCGCCCUUUUUUGGGGGGGAUACCCCCCUCUUCCUCCCCUCCACUUUUUUGGGGGUAACCUUUACGGCUUUUGAGUUGGUUGGUUUUGCUUCGUUUGCCGUUCUCUGGAAGGACGAGGCUUGUUAUAUAUGACGACGCUGUGUGGACAGUAAUGACUGGACGUUUCCGAUUGCCUGCUGGCAGAACCUACAAUGUACGAGCAUCUGAGCUGGCACGAGAUAGACAGCAUGCAGAGGUGGUCUGCAAUAUUCUUCUUCUAGAUAAUACUAUACAAGCAUUCAGACUUAAUAAACAUGAUCAGGGGCAAGUUCUGCUGGAUGUAGUUUUCAAACAUCUUGAUUUGACUGAGAGAGACUAUUUUGGUUUACAAGUGGCUGAUGAUUCUGCUGAUAACCCUAGGUGGCUGGAUCCAAACAAGCCAAUUAGGAAACAGUUAGAAAGAGGAUCACCCCACAAUUUGAACUUCAGAGUCAAAUUUUUUGUAAGCGAUCCUAAUAAGCUUCAAGAAGAAUAUACACGGUACCAGUAUUUUUUGCAAAUUAAACAAGAUAUUCUUACUGGAAGAUUGCCCUGUCCUUAUAAUACUGCUGUACUCUUGGUUUCCUAUGCUGUUCAGUCUGAACUGGGAGACUACAACCUUACGGAUAACUUCCCGGGCUACCUCUCAGAUUACUCUUUCAUCCCUGGCCAGCCUCAAGACUUCGAAAAAGAAAUAUCCAAACUACAUCAGCAACAUAUAGGUUUGUCUCCAGCUGAAGCAGAGUUCAGUUAUCUCAGUACUGCCCGAACCUUAGAACUCUACGGAGUUGAACUGCACUAUGCAAGGGAUCAAAGUAAUAAUGAAAUUAGGAUUGGAGUAAUGUCAGGAGGCAUUCUCAUUUAUAAGAACAGGGUACGAAUUAACACCUUUCCAUGGUUGAAAAUCAUAAAAAUUUCUUUUAAGUGCAAGCAAUUUUUCAUUCAACUUAGAAAAGAAUUGCACGAAUCUAGAGAAACUUUAUUGGGCUUCAACAUGGUGAAUUAUCGAGCGUGUAAGAAUUUAUGGAAAGCUUGUGUAGAGCAUCAUACUUUUUUCCGGUUGGACAGACCACUGCCACCUCAGAAGAACUUUUUUGCACAUUAUUUUACUUUAGGGUCAAAGUUUCGGUACUGUGGGAGAACAGAAGUCCAGUCUGUACAAUAUGGCAAAGAAAGGGCAAACAAGGAGAGAGUGUUUGCCAGAUCCCCAAGUAAACCUUUGGCUCGCAAAUUGAUAAGUGGGAUGGACUGGGAGGUCGUCAGCAGAAAUUCAUUGUCUGAUGACAGGUUAGAAACUCAAAGUUUACCAUCCCGUUCUCCACCUGGAACCCCUAAUCAUCGCAACUCUACAUUUACUCAAGAGGGAAACCGUUUACGGCCAUCUUCAGUUGGACAUUUAGUAGACCAUGUAGUCCAUACUUCACCCAGUGAGGUAUUUGCAAAUCAUCGGUCGCCUUCUUCUACACAGGCCAAUAGUAUAAUUCUAGAAUCAUCACCGUCUCAAGAGACCCCUAUAGAUGGCCAACCACCUGCACUGCCACCUAAACAAUCUAAAAAGAAUAGUUGGAACCAAAUUCAUUAUUCACAUUCACAGAUAGAAUUGGAUAACCAUAUAAAUGAAACAUAUGAUGAUGAUUCUUCCUCGUCUCCUGAAAAAUCUACUCCAAAUGGUGGGAUUCCUCAUGACAAUCUUGUUCUGAUCAGAAUAAGACCUGAUGAAAAUGGCAGAUUUGGUUUCAAUGUAAAGGGUGGAUAUGACCAGAAGAUGCCUGUCAUAGUGUCUAGGGUGGCUCCCGGAACACCUGCAGAUGUUUGUGUCCCUCGUUUGAAUGAAGGUGACCAGGUUGUAUUGAUUAAUGGCAGGGAUAUAUCAGAACACACCCACGAUCAAGUUGUUAUGUUUAUUAAAGCUAGCUGUGAGCGGCAUUCAGGGGAACUUGUACUCCUUGUUCGACCAAAUGCUGUUUACGAAGUAGUAGAAGAAAAGCUAGAAAGUGAGCCAGAUUUCCAGUACAUACCUGACAAGUCCCCACUUGAUGGAAUUCACCAGGAUGACAAUGCUCUGAGAGAAUCAAUGUUUCAACUAGCGGAAGGGCUUAUCACUGGAACAGUCCUGGCUCAAUUUGAUCAACUUUAUAGGAAGAAGCCUGGGAUGACAAUGUCUUGUGCCAAAUUACCUCAAAAUAUUUCCAAAAAUAGAUACAGAGACAUUUCGCCUUAUGAUGCUACACGGGUCAUUUUAAACAGUAAUGAUGAUUACAUCAAUGCAAAUUAUAUAAAUAUGGAAAUUCCUUCUUCUAGUAUAAUCAAUAAAUACAUUGCCUGUCAAGGUCCUUUGCCCAACACUUGCCCAGAUUUUUGGCAGAUGACCUGGGAACAAAGCUCCUCGUUGGUUGUUAUGUUAACCACUCAAGUGGAAAGGGGCAGAGUAAAAUGUCAUCAAUACUGGCCAGAGCCUGGCGGAAGCUCUUUAUAUGGAAAUUUCCAAGUCACCUGUCAUUCAGAAGAAGGAAAUCCUGCCUAUGUCUUCAGAGAGAUGACAUUAUUUAACUUGGAGAAAAAUGAAGAUCGUCCGCUCACUCAGAUCCAAUACGUAGCAUGGCCUGAUCAUGGAGUUCCUGAUGAUUCUAGUGAUUUCUUAGAUUUUGUAUGUCUUGUCCGGAAAAGAAGGGCUGGGAAAGAAGAACCUGUUAUUGUUCAUUGCAGUGCAGGGAUUGGACGAACUGGAGUUCUUAUUACUAUGGAAACAGCAAUGUGUCUUAUUGAAUGUAAUCAACCUGUUUAUCCUUUGGAUAUUGUAAGAACAAUGAGAGAUCAAAGGGCAAUGAUGAUCCAAACACCUAGUCAAUACAGAUUCGUUUGUGAGGCUAUUUUGAAAGUGUACAAAGAAGAACUUGUUAGACCUUUAAAGACAUCACUGAAUAAAUAGGAAGCAAAAUAUAACUUUCAGAGAAGAUUCUACAUAAGACACAAACUGUACUUGUGCUAUAAUGUUUCUUGAAAGAAAUGAUGUCUGAAAAUAAUGAAGAACUGAAAAGGACUUCAGCACUAUUGCACUUUAAGUUAAAACUGAAAAUCAGUCUCUAAAACACUAUGAUUUCUCUGUGUUGAAAGACUCCAUUCAUGCUUUGCUUCAAACAAGCCACAGAUUUAAUGAGCUCCAUGAGUUCUGGAUAAUUUUCCAGACUUGGUUGCAGUGCCAUAUAGCCCUUUCGUUCGAAAUGCUACAAAAAAGAAAAAGGAAAAAAAAAAAGCUUGGAAUACUUUCAUUCUUUAUUUGACACCUGUUUCUAAAGCAACAACAAUACAUGCAAAGCUGUUUCUUCCAAUGCUAAAGUUGUCAUGUUAUUUGCUACCUUUUAUUUUGGUGAAAUAUUAGCAAUAUUCCUUUUAUUAGAUACACUGCCUACUGAAGCAGCACAUUUCUCCCUGUGCCCUUCUAGAAUCUAACCUGAUUACUAACGGAAGGCUGCAGUAUGAUCUAACCCAAUAACAGCUGCAUAAUGGCCCACUGAACCAGCAUUUUGUUUAGUUGGUAUAUGAACAUUCUUUGUACUACUAGUUCUAUUGCUGUUUCUCAGCAGAUUAUAGCACCAGUGCGUUCUGAAACAUUGAUGGCAUUACCUAUGGGAAUGAAUGUGUGUACUUUGUCUUAACCCCUUAAGUGCCUUGAGACUUACAGUGUAUGUCUUAAUGGCAAGGGACUUUGGCCCUCAAGGGGAAGCUAUCAUUAUAAUUAGAUUCACUUUGAAAUAUGAUCCUUGGUGCUUAGAAUAUGGUACAGUAAGGGGUCAAAAAUACUGUUCCUAAAUACUGUUCCUUUUCUCUCUAUAAGUACCUAUGGGUACAUUUUAUUGUGGGUAGCAAAAGCACUCUAGCUAUGAAUUGAAAUGGAAAUUCUGACACAUUCCUUUCAACUGGUAAACUGCUAGCAAUUUAUAACUGAAAGCCAAUAUAUUGAUUUAGAAUUUGUUCUGUUUUUCCCUCGCAUUGAAAAGUAGUAACUUGACUAAGAUAACAUUUUAAUUGUAUUGAUCUUCUGCUUGAAAUGUGGAGAUCCAAGGUGAGAUUUCCCUAUCAUAGUUAUUUUCCUCCAAGUUCAUGUUUGUUGUUUCUCAAGUCAUGUUUAUGGUUUUUAAAGAAAAAUGUGUCAUUAAAGUUUUAUCAUUGUCCCCUGGAGCUUUCUGAUAAGCUCUUUGGGUCUUUCUAUGAUAUUUCAUUCAGGAAUUGGCAUAUACCGUUGGAAUUAGCAGUAUCUGAACAGGUUGCAUAUAGGUUUAUUUUUUGUUUCAUUCAAAAAUGUUUCUAGGGCAGUUUAAAGCCCACUAGGCAAUGAAUAAUUCUUCCUAGUUAAGUUGACAAUUUAAUUCUUUAUGAAUAUUUUGAUUUGCUACCAGGUUUUUAAAAAAAACGAGAUAUGCGGAAUAUGGAAUGAGACUGACAUUUUUAAAAUGCAUUUGUGCGUGUGCGUGUGUGCGCGCACAUGUAUAGAAAGUGAAUGAGCAUGUAUGUAUAUGUAUAGAUAUGCACACACACACGCGCACACACACACACUUAUAUUGUGAUGGGAGAGAUUUACAGAUAUUUCAAUAGAUGAGGAGGCACUUUCUCCAAAUCCCCUUUUCCUGCUGUCAGUUGUACUUUCUUAGAACUUGUAGAGGGCUGGAAAUAGAGGUAUCUAUUUCUCAUAACCGCUUCCUCAGAGGGAUCCCUCACCUUAGAUUAAGAGUCUUCCAUGGACAGGAGAAAUUUCUGUAUGUAACAUGAUGCAUUGAGGAAAUUCCCAGUCAGUUUAAAUGCUAUUGAUAUAACCCUAUGCCAUGAUGUGAAAUGAAGGAGUUAACAAAAUCUUUUAGAAUUUUUUUAAACAGGCUUGUAAGCUAAGCAGUAUUGUUUCUUCACAAACCAAAUCUAGCAUAUUUCUUUAAUAAUUCUUUAUUGCCUCCACACACAUACACAUACUACCAUCAAGGAAUUAAUCAGCUAUUCUUUUAUUACCCAUCUUGUGGUUCAAGCGAGAUUGAAUUUGAGUUUGAAACACUUCCACAUUCUUAAAAGAGCUUUUUCCAAUCUGUAGAAAUGUAGUUGUGUUUUCACAAACUGAAGCAAAUGCGAAAUACACUUCUAUUUCUGACAGCAGUGAAAGUGAAGGGCUUUUGAUGGGCUGUUAACUAUUCUGUAGAAAUAAGAGAUUGGAGAGAGGAGUUUCAUGUGAUAAAGUGCAAUGUGGGAACAGGCGUCCAGUCUGAAUCAUCUAAACUUGCCUUACACGUUGGUGUAAGCAAUGUAAACCUUUUAAUGGAAUGUCUGCAGUGGUGAUUCUUACUACUGCUAGUUUUUGAUAAAUGCAGAUAAUAAAUGUACAUCUACUCAUUGUUUGCUUAAAAAGAAGCUUUGUAACAGGAAAGUGGGUGUUGACUCACAUACUAUUUUUAAUUGUCAUACCAUUUGCUGGUUAUUUGCAAGGUUGGUUUGCAUUUGGAACAAGUUAAAAAUAUAUUAAAUUAUUAUACCUAUUAUACCAUUAAUUAAGCCACUUAAUGAUCUUACUAAUAUAUGUAUGAUUGCCUCUCUGUAAGAUUGUUGAAGGGAAAAAUCUAGGAUGGGUCAGCAAUAUGUAUUGUUAAUAUUGUACAUACACUCAUAUUUGUAUGUGAGGUGGUCAAAGUAAUUUA